CUUUCCAGCCAACUGCGGAAGGAGCGCGAAAAAAAAAAUCACUUCCGGAGAGGUGAAGCCACGCUUUCUGGCGCCAACAUGGAGGCUAGUAGUGGAACCGAUGAACCGGUUUCCGGGGAGCUGGCGUCCGUGGCACACGCUCUUUCUCUCCCAGCAGAGUCUUACGGCAACGAUCCAGAUAUUGAAAUGGCUUGGGCCGCAAGAGCGAUGCAGCAUGCUGAAGUAUAUUACAAGCUGAUUUCGUCAGUUGACCCACAGUUCCUGAAACUCACCAAAGUGGAUGACCAAAUCUACUCUGAAUUCCGAAAAAUUUUUGAGAAACUCAAGAUAGAUGUGUUAGAUCCAGAAGAACUCAAAUCAGAAUCGGCAAAAGAGAUGUGGAGGCCAUUCUGCUUGAAGUUUGAAGGGAUCGUGGAAGACUUCAACUAUGGUACUUUGCUGAGACUAGAUUGUUCUCAGGGUUACACUGAGGAAAACACCAUCUUCGCCCCCAGAAUACAGUUUUUGGCCAUUGAAAUCGCUCGGAACCGUGAAGGCUAUAACAAAGCAGUUUACGUCGGAGCUCAGCAGAAAGAAGGAGAGAAAGCAGGUGUCAGUGGAGCAGAGCAAGAGAAAACUGAGAAAAAAGAAGAGGAAGGAGCCAACAGUGGAGGGAAAAAAGAGGAGGGAGUUGCCGGAGAAGGAGAAAAAGAGGAAAAUGCCAAAGAAGGAGAAAAUGAGAAAGAAGCCAACAAAGAAAUCUGAAUUGGGGAAUAGCUAUGUAAGGUGAACAGGGAGUAGUGCUCUAGAGGCUACUACAGCUGAGCCAAAUGCCACAGUGCUGUUUGCGCAGACGCCUUGGGUUAUCAAUGUAUAUCUUUGUGCAAUUGAAGGGUGCUGAGAGAGACAUCUCUAGCCUAAGAGUCAGGAGCUGCUCUAGUUGUUUUAUAAACUGGCUUAAAGACUUUAAGUGAGGUUUUAGUUAACUGUUUGUAUGUUUCUUGACUCUCAUUGCUGCUCAAGUAAGAAAUCUUGUAAAUAAAUGUCUUUUGGUUCUUAAUGAUUAUAUUGGUGACUGACUAUAAAAAGGUAUUUAAAAU